AACAUUUAGAACAGAAAAAAAUGUGAAUAAAAUGGAGACAUAGAUAAAUAAAAUAAUGGCGAAUAUAAAUAGAUCUAAAUUUUCUUUGCGCAUUUUUAAGUUUGAUUAACAGUUUACCGAUAACCCAGGAAUGGACAGGAUGAAUUACUUUUUCAUCUUUAUUCUUCAUUUUCACCUUUCUGUAUCGCAACCUGGAUAUUAUCUCAGGCUAUUUGAUAUUCCAGAUCUGUGCCCAUUCAUGUCUUUUUCUUAUCCAUGGAGUCAGCAAAUUAGAGAGUUGAACAUUGUUAAAUACAAGGAUUUUUCUCUCAGCAUCAAGGAUUUUACUCGCAGAAAACUUCAAAAUAAUAAAAGUGACCGUGCUGACUAUAUCAAGAAAUUUCCAAACUUGAAAAAUAACCAAAAAGUUCACAUCGGACCUAGCAGUGUAAGAUAUCAGACUGUUGUAAUAGGUUGGAAGGGUUGGAAGGUGACCGUAACAGCUGCGGGGGCAAGUCUUAACAAUACUGAUGCAAUGAUUGUUAACAAAACAGAGAUCAUAGCAUGGGGUUCUAUUAUUACAAGAACGAAGAGAACAUACAGUAUAGAUGAACCUUUGAAGACAUCAGAAGAACAAAUUCUUUUUCAAGAUUUGGAUUUGGAUAUAAAAAUCAGAAUUCUUAUAACAGAUGAACAGUUCUCAGUUCAAGAAGCCAAGAAAGAAAUGCCAAAACCUUGGAUUGAAAUAAUUCAUUUCCCCUUCCAUAUAGAAACUGGAGAAAUCCUAAAGGAAAGUGUACUCUCACCAACAUUGGAUAAAAGUGAAAACAAAACUGAAAUAUUAGCUAAUAGUGAAAUUGAACCAGAAUCUACUGAAAAGGAAAGUGUACUCUCACCAACAUUGGAUAAAAGUGAAAACAAAACUGAAAUAUUAGCUAAGAGUGAAAUUGAACCAGAAUCUACUGAAAAAAAAGAGUCUACCCUAAUGAAAGAAAUUGACACUGAAACUCUGAAAGAUGAUUCUGAAUGUGUAAACGACGGACAAGAAUAUAAUCUUGAAACUCUGAAAGAGGAUUCUGAAUAUGUAAACGACGGACAAGAAUAUAAUAUUGAAACUCUGAAAGAGGAUUCUGAAUCUGUAAACGACGGACAAGAAAAUAAUCUUGAAACUCUGAAAGAGGAUUCUGAAUAUAGAAAUUACACGGAAGAAUAUAAUCUGAUUGAAUCGGAUUUGAACAGAAUUAAUUUAGAACUAAGAUUCAGUGGUUUGUUGGUAGACACACAAUUACUUCAAGGACUUAGAAUGCUUGGAGAGAAUUGUAAAACAUUUAAAUGCAUUAAGAGGCUUGUUUGUGGGGUAGAAGGACAUUGCUGUAGAUAUAUUCUAGGGCACAGCGUUCUAUUUUUUGACCAGUAUCCCAAGGAGUAUACUGAAAACUUUGUUACGUUUUCAAGGCGAUAUCCUUGUCCUGGCAAUAUACCAUAUAGUUCAGGGUGUCCCAAAGGAUGGAUAAGAUAUGACUACUAUUGCUACUGGAUUGGACACUGGGAGUUAGACUGGAAGGAAACUUCCAGGGUUUGCAGGGAUGAAUACUCUGAGGUUCCUAUACUGCUAGAUUCUACGGAGCAUGAUCUACUAGAGCACAUAGGAGUGAACACGAGUGUUUGGAUCGGACGGGAUCAGACAAGAUCCAACUGUAACGUCCUCAGUACCGACGGUAAAAUUCAAGAAGUGAAGUGCACUAGUAAACACCAUUUUCUCUGUAAAAAGAUUGGUUGCUUGUAUAAAAGUUGCUGUAAGCUCACUAUUAAAGAGUAUGAAGUUUGGGAGAGACAAGUGCUUGGUAUUUCUGUUAUACUUCGGCCUAGAAUCAUCCUUACAAUGGUCGAAGAUGAAAAUGAGAUAUUACUGAUUAUUGCAUACAGCCUUCUGUUAGUUACAAUUGGGUUUGUAAUCACCUACAGAAUUGUGCGGAGAAAGCUGGACAAUAACGCCUACCGAAACCAAAUACCGUAAAAGUUAAAACUAAAUUUUUAGUUGAAAUAAAAAAAAACUUAUAAAAUGAAUAAGCCUUUGUCACAAUCUCUGAUCUGUCUAAUCCCUCCAUCUUUGAAACCCAAAUUCGUAGACCUAAGAUUCUUCAAACUACAAAAACUGUUUGACAAAAAGUCUCAAAGACUUUAUUACUUUCUCAUAAUUUUCCUGCUUUCUUUAUAAAAUUAAUAAAUGGUUCUUACAAGUUCACAACUAUAAAAACUGUUUUUUUUUCUCAUUUCUUAUUUUGGACUUUUUCGUUGAGUUGUGUAAAAGGUCUAAAAGAUUAAUAAGGAACUUUUAUAACAUUAAACAUAAUGUGUCCGAGUUUAUAAAUAAAUAUCAAACUGUU